UCUAGAAGUUUACGACGUAUCGCGCGGUCGAACGAUUUGAUUUCUCAGGUUGUUCGUUACCCCCCGGGUAGUACGAGAAGUACUAGUCUAGGACCUAAGAAACUCUCUCUUAAUAAUUAACACAUUUCCGUCGCGUAGAACCGAUGAACCUGAGGUUAUCGUCUGGCGCUGGUGCCGCCUCUGUCAAACGCUUUUAGCGUCGACAACUACGCAAUAGUUACGUUCGGGUCCAAGGAAUACGGGCCGGUCGACCGUGAAGUUGUGAUUGGCAUUUUAGUAAACUAAGCACUCGAAUUGGAGUACAAGUGAAGCUUCGAAGUGAGCUAGGUUGGCAGCUGCAAGGGGUUGAAAGUUACUCAGAAAUGAUAUUGACAUGUGUGAAAUACAAACGUAAACCUCUUAUAGACAGUACAUGACAAUAGUCAAAAAAUAAGUUCGAGUGCGGAAAAAAUACCACCUGCAAGAGAUCGCCAACCACCAACUUCGGCAGAUCCUAAAACAUCAUCAAACAGAACCGAAACUAAUUCAAAUUUACUCACCAAAAGACCCCCUGAGCUUUUUUUGUGACCGCACUACACCACACCCCAUCUACACUACUCAUCUGUGUCUCAGAAAUCAACCGAAGGACACCACCAACGAAGAUGGCGCUCGAUUUCGCAGCAGGAUGUCUUGGAGGAUGCGCCGGUGUGCUUGUCGGGUAUCCGUUCGACACGGUCAAAGUUAACCUGCAGACGCAGGAUUUCCGUAAUCCACUGUACAAAGGAACAUUCGAUUGCUUUCGUAAGAUCAUAGCCAAGGAGUCUGUUCGUGGAUUAUAUCGUGGAAUGUCUAGCCCGAUGGCGGGCGUGGCGGCUGUGAAUGCCAUUGUUUUUGGAAUCUACGGGAACGUGCAGAAAAUGACUUCCGAUCCUAGUUCGUUGUAUUCACAUUUUCUAGCCGGUAGCGCUGCGGGACUGGCACAGAGUUUCAUUUGUUCACCGAUGGAACUAGUUAAAACAAGACUGCAACUGCAAGAUAAUCUCCCAAAAGGAGCAUUCAAAUUUAAAGGCCCUGUGGACUGUUUGCGAGGUAUCCACAAAACCGAUGGAUUUAGAGGAUUGUUUCGAGGCUUAGGAAUCACAGUUGUCAGAGAUAUUCCCGGAUUUUCAAGCUACUUUGUGUCUUACGAGCUGAUGGUUCAAACGUUUGACGAUCCUUCGCCAUUCGUCGUACUGAUGGCCGGCGGUUUGGCUGGUACUAUUUCAUGGCUGAUUUCAUUUCCCAUUGAUGUGGUGAAAUCCAGACUUCAAGCUGAUGGAAUGUACGGUGAACCAAAAUAUCGGGGUAUUGCUGACUGUCUCCGUAAAAGCUACGCCACGGAAGGUUUAGCGUUUCUUUCACGAGGUUUGACAUCAACACUCCUUCGAGCCUUCCCCAUGAAUGCAGUUUGUUUCUUGGUUGUUGACUUCAUUCUAAAAAUUUUUGAUAAUAGUAGCGUUGAUUUGGAGCUAACGCAAAAGGAGCCAAUGCUUAUGGCUCAACAGCAUACGGAGACUGUAAAAGUGAACGGACCCAAAGUGCAACUAGAACCAGCCGACAAUCAGAUCUUGAGCAUCAAACAGAAUACCUUUCGAUUCCUAACGUUUCUAGGAGCUUUCAGCGAAGCAAUUUGUUGCGCCGAAAUGGACGAGCUUGCGCACGAUCUGCAUCAUACCGAAGACGGUGGAUAUUAUUACUCGAAACUGAAUGAAUAUUUACAGAACUCCGAUCAGGAGUACUGCAAACGGUUUGUUUUUGUAGAUUAGGUAAAUGUGAGUCCUAUUUUCUCUUGGAUUAACUAAAAAUGUGAAUGUGAAGUAGUGAAAUAGAGAUACGAAUAUGAGAUGUUCUAAAGACAAGGGAAGAUGACAAAUGUAGUAAUACUUACUUCAGCUGUAGGGGAAACUUAUUGAACACAAACACACUUAAUUAAACCACUCGAAUCUGUAUUGUUGUUAUAAAAUAUAUGUUUUAUUUAAUUAUGUUAUACAA